AUGGUCACAGUGGAUUGUGGACGGGACUUGGACCUUUGGGAGUCCAGAGGACAUAAAUUGGAGAAUAGCCAUCUAAAAGUAUUAGCGGAAAUCAAUAAAUUAAUUUAUGACGGCCAAGAAAUUGAUUUCCGAGAACAUUUGAUUGAAUUACGAAAUUCGCAGUUUCGCAAGUUGACAUUUAAUUCGCAUUCGAUAAUGGAAUUCUGGAUUUCUGUUAUUAAUGAAUAUCCAAUCUUAAUGUUUAUAGCUGAUGAAGAAAAAUCAGAAGUUAGCGAGAAAGAAGUAUUAUCAGAAGGAAUUAACGGUCUUUUGGCAAUUUGUAUAUUUUUAGAAUCUCCUGUACCAAUUUUGAUUGGAAAUUUAAAUCCUGAACUCUCUGAAACUCAAUUGGUUAGAUUAUUCCGCAAAAAAGGAGUUUCGCUUUCGAUGGUGGAGAUGAAAAAUUGUUCUGCUACAGCUGUUGUAGAACCAGGACAACUACCAAAAGCAAUGGAUUUGAUAGGGAAACGUAUCAAAAAUAAAAAGAUAGCAAUCGUUGUGAAUGAGGAUCUGACUGAAUCUGAACAGCCAAAAUAUGUCUCACUUUUUGUAAAAUACAUGUCCCCCGACACAACUCGAGAAUCGUUAAAGAAUGCAUAUAAAGGAUGUGUGUCAGCUACGGUGAUUUACGACCCACAAACUGGAAUAUCUAAGGGAUUUGGCUUUGUUAAUUUUACGACUCGUGCAGAAGCGAAUAGUGCCAUACAAACCGUUAAGAAGAUUGAUGGGAGAGUUAUUUCAAGUGCACUAGCAAGUUUGUAA